UCGUAGGGGAAGAAUAAUGUGACACAAACCAGCAGCUAGGAUAUUCAUUUCAACUGCGCGACAGGUUUAACGCGCGCUUUCGUUUCGGACCAACUUUGGCCAAGUCGGUGGGAACUGGGUGACCAGCUGUGUGGCCCGAAGCGGCGUGACAAGUUGGGAGAGGGAAAAAAAGGACUCGCAUCACUAUUUUUAAAUGGGUACAGUGAGAUUUGGGGGGCGUGGACGGUAGAGGAGCAGCAGUGAGCAUGUUGGCUCUUGGCUGCAGCUCCGGUGUAAUGAUGUGCCGGCUUGAAGAACUGGACUACGCGUAGAUUGAGCGGUUGUACGCGGAACCGUGCGGUCGUCUACAGCCGACCUUAUGUCAUUUUUGAAGCCCUUUAAGCGUCAUUUGGAUUUAUAUCUUCAACGCGCUGCCGUUCGGCGAUACAGCGGACUAUAAGGAAGGAGGAUCAGCCGUGGAAAGGUUUUUUUUUUUUAAGACGCAGCAGCUGCCGUGCGUAACGGACGAAAUCUUGUCGAGCAGAUAUUUGAAUGACAAUAGUUUGAGGCAACUGCUUUCUAGUUUGUGUAAGGAAGCCUAAUUAUUGGGACUCACUGCGCACGGUAAAUCACUGAUAUUACAUUUGGGAUUCAGAAGCUGUUUCAAGAGAAAUUGAAGUGAUCUUCAUUUACAUAUUGACAGGUGUUACUGUCAGGCUGAGCCUUUAAUUCACUUACGGCUCUGUUAUGUCUUAAAGCACCGCGGACUCACAAGGUUGGGGAUGGUAACCAAAGCAUGGAUCCUCCAAAUAUUGUUUAAUGCAGUCAUCUUUACUUUACUAAUACUCAGAGAAAGCACUACAUUGUUAUUAACGACCGUAUAAUGCGUUUGAAACACCGAAUGUGAAAGUAACCAUCACUUCAGUGUCUUCUUCUCCGAGUUGUAGCCGAUCUGGCAACAUCCAAAAUGACAAGCAACGGACCUGUCAUCGUUUACGAGUGGCUGAAGACCCUCCAGCUUGCUCAGUACGUCGAGGCUUUUGUGGAUAAUGGAUAUGACGAUCUGGAGGUUUGCAAACAAAUAGGGGACCCCGACCUGGAUGCCAUCGGUGUCUACAUCCCUCACCACAGGCAGAGGAUUCACGAUGCCGUGAGGAGGCUAAAAGAUGAAGCCGACGAGACGGCCAGUGGACUCUACUUCACCCUGGAGCCGAUGCCACCCGCAGCCGAGAUUUAUACCAGUCACAUGGUGGACCACUAUGAGUCCAAACUGCGGGCAUCUAAGUCCUGGACCGAGGCCAACAGUGACCGGGCUGGGCGCAACGGUGGGUACAUGGGCGCGCAGAGGAACCUGACGCUGGGCAACAGGAGGGAGCUGGUGAUUUACCCCAAGCUGAAGCUGAAGAUCAUGAUCAGGGAUAAGCUCAUCAGAGAUGGCAUCAACCUCGCGAAGCCGCCCUACUCUAAUAAGGAUGGUUCUCUGGGCAACAUAGAUGACCUUGCCCAGGAGUAUUCUGAGUACUACAAUACCUGCUUCAGUGACGUCAGUGACCGCAUGGAGGAGCUACGCAAAAGACGAGUCUCCCAAGAGCUUGACAUGGAGAAACAGGAUCCAAGCAGCGCAUCCCUGCAGCUCCGUUCUGAGAUCCAGGAAUCAUUAGGCUUCAGCAGUGAGGUGUCCACUCCAGAAACAGACAGAAAGAUGCCUCUGCAUAAAUCCAGCUCUGAAGAUGGAUCUGGAGGUAAAUGGGACAAUAAGAAGAAGAACAAAUCUUUUUGGCAGAACUUCCGCAAAUCUCAGCACAAACCAGUCAUGCGACAGACAUCAAAAGGAGAAGACAUAGGCUACGUGGCCAGUGAGAUCACCAUGAGUGAUGAAGAGAGAAUCCAACUUAUGAUGAUGGUGAAGGAAAAGAUGAUCACCGUUGAAGAAGCUCUAGCUCGGCUGAAGGAGUAUGAGCGCAGCAGACAGUCCAGCAGUUCUGACACUGCAGAGUGGACUGAGGGAUCUGCAUCCAAUGUAAACCAAUCCUCAAACUGCAAUUCUCGUGAACAGUCAGACGAUGAGCAAUCAGAGGACUCUGUGAAGUUCAAACGGCUUCACAAGCUGGUUAACUCUACACGCCGGGUCAGGAAAAAACUCAUAAAGGUGGAGGAGGGCAAGAAACAUGGCUCUAAAGAUUUUCUGAAUCUGGGGGCGCCACCCACCUGUGAGGACAACACAGCUCUGUAUACAGGGGUCCUAAAGAGGCCCCCUUUGCCUCAGGAGCUCUCCCUGCCCUCCCUCACCCAGGAUGAACUCUCUCUGGAUGGAGACACAGACAGUCUGACCAACUCCCCUUCCUCCAGCAGCCUAGACACCUGGUCCGGACACAAGCUGGUAAAAACCUUCAGUAAAUCUUCCAGUAACCACGGACUCAUCCGGCCCCCCAGGAGAACCCCAGUUGGCUCUGGGGGCCUGGGAGGCUCCAACUCCGGCGUUGGAGGUAGUGGCUCUUCCUUCUCAGAGCUGGAUGGCUGUGGAUUGGACGACGAAGGAAAGCUCUCACGCUCUACUACCGACGGCGAGAUGCGGAAGGCCCUGAACUCCAUCUCCCAUGGGGUAAGUAACAACGAGGCUCUCUACGCCUACUAUGGCCUCACCAAACCCCGCCCCAAACCCCAUGCCCAGUCCCGCCUCCUGAUCUCCGUGGAUGACGGUCCACAAGGCAGCCCCAAACACCAACCUGCCAACCGGCACCAUGGCAGCUGGACGCACCGGAAACCUGAUCCCAACUAUGCUUACUCCACCAAACACCUACUGUACCAACGCUCACGCAAUGCCAAGACCCCUAUCUCCCCUCUGUCUCUCACCCCCUCCUCCCCUGCCCGCUGUGAUGUAGCCAAAUCAAAAGGUUUUGGAAGUGGGGGAGGGGGCUGGGUGUUCCCCUCUCGCAGGCUGCGUGGUCGAACGGCAGUCAGUGAGCUGAACAUCACCUAUGUGGUAGAACGGAGCCUGUACGGUCACCUCAACUGGGCCCAGCUGGUCCGCCCUGUUACCCUCAGCCGCGCUGAGCGCCGCUGCCUAUUGGAGGAGGACCGCGAGGCAGACAGGAAGUGGGCGGCCAGUGUGGACCGCUGCACCAAGCGUGUGCUCUUGCGCAUCCAGCAGAAGUCUAGAACAUGCAGCUUCGGAGGCUUUGACUUGUCUAACCGUUCACUCCAUGUGGUCAACGCGGGCUGCGAGGCCAAUAAUAAAGAACAGGAGGCUAUAUACAGAGAAGUGGUCAAAUCCCCCACCACGUCACGGAUCUCACUGGGCAAGAAGGUCAAGUCGGUCAAGGAGACGAUGAGGAAACGCAUGUCGAAGAAGUACAGCAGCUCCUUGUCUGAGCAGUCCAGUCCGGAUGGAGCCCCUGGCUCCCCUCAGUCCCCUCAGCCUGACACCGACUCUCUGGAGAAGCCAAAGCUGAAGGCCGGAGGCUCGGUGGAAAGUCUGCAUAGUUCACUCAGCGGACAGAGUUCAAUGAGUGGUCAGACAGUGAGCACCACUGACUCGUCAGCCAGCAACAGAGAAAGUGUGAAGUCAGAGGAUGGUGAUGACGAAGAGCCGCCUUAUCGAGGGCCGUUCUGUGGCCGCGCCCGAGUCCAUACAGACUUCACCCCCAGCCCCUACGACUCUGACUCCCUCAAACUGAAGCGUGGUGAUGUGAUUGACAUUAUCAGUAAGCCACCUAUGGGUACGUGGAUGGGCCUGCUGAACAACAAAGUGGGCACCUUCAAGUUCAUCUAUGUAGACGUGCUGAGUGAAGAAGAGGAGAAGCCCAAGAGGCCUGUGAGGAGGAGGAGGAAGGGCCGACCACCCAAACCCACAUCAGUGGAGGAGUUGCUGGAGCGCAUCAACCUUAAGGAGCACAUGCCCACUUUUCUGUUCAACGGCUACGAAGACCUGGACACGUUCAAGUUAUUAGAAGAGGAUGACCUAGAUGAGCUGAACAUUAGAGAUCCUCAGCACAGAGCCGUGCUGCUCACCGCCGUAGAGCUGUUACAGGAGUACGACAGCAGCAGUGAUCCAGAGCGCAGCGGCCUGUCGGGCUCCCAGGAGAAGCUGCUGAACGAGGGUCAGGGCCUGGUGGGAGACUCCCCGCGAGACUCUGGGUGCUACGAGAGCAAUGAGAACCUGGAGAAUGGUAAGAGCAGAAAGGCUUCCCGUUCCACUCGUUCCUCAGCAGGCCUCCAGUCUCCAGACUACCCCACGCUGCCCAUGACCCUUUCAACAGAGGCUCUGCAGCAGAACAGCAAGAACCAGCGCGCAAAGUUCCCAAAAAGUUUUUUCAUCAAACCCUCCCUGAAGGGCUUCAACCUGUUGGGGCUGCGCAAAGCCCAAAGACGGUCUCCCAUCCCUUCCAGCCGCAGCUGUGAGGACCUGGAUGGGUCCCCACAGCCCAAUGGACCCUGGAAACGCUCCCACUCUCUGGGGGAUCUGCACUGGGAGCAGAAGGAUCUGGGUGUGGAGCUUAAACUCACCAAGGAAGCACCCAAAUCAGGCAGUAGCCCCACCAAGGUCUGUAGAGAGGGUUCCCCAGCUCACAAUGGGACUCCAACAGUAAGCCCAAAAGGAAGGUCCAACAGACCACCCGUGCCCUCCCAACUGCCUCUUCACCCCCCUUGUCCCACCCAGUCCCCCAAUCCUCCAGAGCUCCUCUCCAGUCCUACUCCAAGUCCCACCGAUUCUAAUGCAAGUGGGGAGAGGGUUAUGCGGACUCACCCCAAAAAGCCUCCAGUCCCUCCUCCUGUUCCUGCCAAGAAGUCUAAGGAAAGACUAGCCAACGGCCUGCGUCACCCCCCUCUCUCCCUGCCUUCCUCGCCAUCACCCACUCCCUCCCCUACCCACUCCCUCACCCGUUCUCACCCCAGCAGUCCUAUAAUCCGCAGCCCCAGCUACGGUGCCCCAGCUUUGCCUGCCAAGACCCCAAGCACCCCCGCAAGCCCCUGUGCCACCUCAUCCGCCUCAUCCAUGGGCGACGAGUCAGGCACCCCACCAGCAGUGCAGCCUCCGUGGUUCUCAGAUCUGGGGGGAAAGGUGGCUGUUGCAAGGAAGGCUUCACAUGCCAAGAUGAGUCCUGACCUGUUCACCCUCCUGGAGCAACGGCUGGAGGCUGAGGGCAUCGAUCUUACAGAGGAGCCCUACUCUGACAAGCAUGGCCGGUGUGGCAUCCCCCAGCCGCUGGUGCAGCGUUACUCGGAGGACUUGGCGCAGCCCGUCAAGGAUGUGGCCUCCACCAUGGACCAGCUUCGAGUCAAAGAGCUGCGUAAACAACACCGCAUGGCUAUUCCUUCUGGAGGUUUGACAGAGAUGUGCCGGAAGCCUCUGCCCUCAGGGAACAUCAGCACAGUCUCUGAUUGGCUCACCUCCAUCGGCCUGCCCAUGUACACCACAUCUCUGGUGGCAGCGGGAGUCGACACACUGAGUCGUGUGGCCUUGUUAACGGAGAGCGGCGUGUGGGAAGCGGGGGUGCGGGAUGAAAGACACGCCCGCAGGCUGGUCAGUGAGGCACGAUUGGUCGGCUCGCACAGAGAGGUGCAGUCCUAACCAUGAAGGGGAAUUCGUAUAAAGUAACAGGUAUCAACUCACUGGUCAGCACCAUGUCAUUUAAACAUGGUCAGUAGGAGGUCAAAGACAAAUUGGCCACAGGACUCGACGAUCACACGAAUUACCACAGCACUACAGUACUUCCUGUCUUGCAUGUGUCAAAAGACCUAAAUUGAGCCACCCUGCUCACUGAUUUUCUCUUUUUAUUACUCUUUUCUCAAAUGUUUACGGCAUUAAGGAGUUUCUCCUAACAGCCAAGACAAGAUAGCAGAUGCCUUUUUAAAAGAAAGACUGCAGACUCGCUCUGUGGGAUGGCGUCCAUUCUGAAGACACCCCCAAAGUCUUAAAAUAAAGACUUGGAUCUGCCUUGAAGGAUGAUAGCACACUCUUUUGUAGGAUGGAUGUUUUUUUAAAUACAGAAAGGAUGGUUUACUUCCUGCAUAUUUCAUAAGUGCUUCAUUUUCAUCCUUUGUGUCAAGGCAACAUUAUCUGAGGGUCUUUUAAGGAAGUAGCUCGGCCAAAGUGAUUUACUCCUCAUUUAGCGUUUCAUUCCCACUAAUAGGUUCAUAAUGAUGAUUAUAAGAUUCACUUAACAUCUGAACUAAAUACACCAAAUGAUGAAUAACUGGUGGUAUUGAGAUGACUUAUUUUGUAUCAUGUUUCUGUAUUAUAGCAUAACACAUCUUCAUUGUAAAAUGAUUUGUUAUAUUUUGUGUUUGCCUUUUGAAUGUUGCAGCCUUAUUUUGAGGCCAGCUCUCAGUCAUUUCUAAGCUUAAACAGCUGACAUCACACAUUUAUAUUUCAUAUUAUACUGUAUGUCCUAUUUCACUAUCCACAUAUCUUGGAUGCACACCCUGCACCGAUAUGAAUAUAAGUCUUACAGAAAGCUCUGUUUUACUCCAGUAAUCACAAUCAGCUUUCACAGCAACAAAGCAUUUCCAGUGUAUCAAGCACAUUUUAAUUUGCCUUACCAUUAUGAAAAAAUAGCUUCAUCAUCAAAUAGAACAUAUGUAUAGUAUUGACUAUAGCACCGAGGCUAACCUGUGCUAGAGGUGCAAGCCUCUUUGUUCUGAAUGUUUCUGAGAAAUAAUUGAUAUUUUAUGAACACACGUACACAACCAGAUCAUUUCAGCCAUACACAUGGACGUGGACCACAAAACAUGUCUGAUGGAUUGUGGUUUCUUUACUUGUGAAGCUUUGAUGAUAAAACCACAGGCACAACACAGACGUCGUCCCAUGUUUAACAUUCCUGUUUCACAUUCACUGUACGUGUUUCAUGCAGAGGGUUGUGGGACGAGGGAAGGAGGGGAAAAUAGAAAUGUUUCAAAGACAGCUGACAUCUGGGCUGUCUACACUUUGGUUACAGUGUUGAGUUUGAUUUAUAGCUGGAUAAUAGGCUGUUUUGAGACUUUUAACACAUUAUACUGUAGUUAUAAUCAAUGCCUGCCUGAAAUUCUUAAUUUGACUUUUCUCAAACACACAGAGGAUAGAUGGUAAGAACAGAUAUACUGUAUCAGGUGAAAAGCUGACCGCCAAGGUCAGCAUACACUAUGACACUAAAUAGUAAAUCAGGGAAACACUGUGUCGGGUCAGCCUGUUAUAAAAACGGAACUUAAAAACAACUAGAAACUCAUUGCUCUUUCAUUUGCGUGAAAUUAGGCUAACAUUUGUGUUGUUUUUCUCCUAUUUCUAACAGUAAAGUCCUAUCUUUCAUCAUCUGAACUGAAGACUUAUUCCAUGGAGUUCAUAUUUAACAAAUUUGAACAAGUGUUAUUGCUAAAAUUAGAGGAUGUAUUUUUUUCUUUUGCAGUGGGCACUUGAUGAUAGUAUGUUAGAUGUUUGAUGCCUUUUUUUCUCUUCAAUCAAAGUGGUGCUCUGAGAAAGCGAGGGUGGGGGUCAUUAUUAAAAAAGUAAAAGACCCAAGAAGUGUUUUGUAAAGGAUGAAAAUACUGACACUGUAAAUGCACUUUAGAGGGUAAAUCUAGCUGUUUUAUUGGCGGAAUUGGCUACGUUUUGUUCACAGGUCCAUUAAUGGACAUUUGUUAUCAGGUUUUGUAAAGGGUUUCAGUGGGUUAUGCUGGUAUUUUAUUUUAGUAUUGAGUUCCCAAUGCCAAGUUUGAUAACCAUUCACAGGUUAACCUGUUCCAGUUACUCACUUCCAGUUUGUUUUUGCAGUCUUAUAAAAAUAAAUUCUUAAUUACAUAUAUGAAAUGCUUAGCAGAAGUUGCACAUUCUGUAUAUGUAAUUGAUAUUUAAAUAACUUAUUUUUUGCUUUUUUCAUAUCAACUGUAAUUAGCUGUACUAUAUGAAUAGCAAUACCUUCCUGCAUAAUGCAUAUUGCUUUAGCCAGUGAGGAACUACAGUAUGUAAUGUAAAAUAUGUGUACAAAAUAUUUUAUUUGGUUUUCAUUUACCUAAUGAUUGUCCAUACAGAUUUGCUUGUGUAUUGAAACAACAAAAGUAAUGUCCAUAACUAUUUGUCAUUCUGAAAUAUAAUAAAAACUGUUUCUUGCCAUA